AUGUGCUCUUUGCAUAGGGCUUAGCUUUCUGCUUCAUUGCAGCUGGCCCGGAUUCAGACCGACAGCGUAGUCGAGAUGCUCCGUGAGCUAUACCCCGACCUCCGCUUCGAGAUUGUUGCCAUGUCUACGACCGGAGACAAGAUCUUGGAUACGGCACUUUCCAAGAUUGGGGAGAAAAGCCUCUUCACCAAAGAGCUGGAAAAUGCACUUGAAAGAAAUGAAGUUGACCUUGUGGUUCACUCCUUGAAGGACCUGCCGACGUCUCUUCCUCCUGGCUUUACCAUCGGCGCUGUCUGCAAAAGGGAAAACCCACUUGAUGCUGUUGUCUUUCAUCCCAAAAACUGUGGGAAAACACUGAGUCUCCUCCCUGAAAAGAGCGUGAUUGGAACGAGUUCACUUCGGAGAGCAGCCCAGCUCAAAAGGAAGUUCCCUCAGUUAGAAUUCAGGGAUAUUAGAGGGAAUUUAAAUACCCGCUUAAAGAAGCUAGACGAGAAGGAAGACUUCAGCGCCAUCAUCCUGGCUGCCGCCGGGCUGAAGAGAAUGGGCUGGGAGAAUCGCAUUGGCCAGCUCCUAAGCCCUGAAGAUUGUCUGUAUGCUGUUGGACAG